AUGGCCGCAGUGCCAGAUCACCGUCAGCUACCACGUGUGCUCAUUGACGAGAGCUCGCAGAUCACAGAGGCCUCCGCGCUCGUGGCGCUUGGCCGAGGCUGCGAGAAGUUGGUUCUGAUCGGGGAUCCAAAGCAGCUUGACCCGAUAUCCCAGUUGGGCCCGUUUGGGACGGCUCGAGACUCCGAGCCGGGGCCAUACAGCCAGGAGCGCGAGAGCGCGUUUGACAUGGUGCGGCUGCGGCUGGAUCGGAAGCCAGUUCAGCUGAGCGUGCAAUAUCGGAUGCACCCGACACUGUGCCAGUAUCCGUCGGAUCGGUUCUACCACGGCUCGCUGCGGAGUGCCGACGCCCUGCGGGACUCCGCGCGCUUCGAGCUGCCAGCCAACGAGUUCCUGCCAGCGCCGGUGGUCUUCGUCGACAGCGCUCGGCUGCAGGGCUCCAGCGAGGAGGAGCUGGUGUCGCUCGGCGGGGCGCGUUCUCUCCGGAACCGCGGGGAGGCGGAGCUCGUGAGCAGGGCGGUCGGCUCCCUCCUGGAGUCGGGCGUGCCGCGGGAGAGCGUGGCCGUGCUCACGCCCUACAGCGCCCAGCGGGAGCUCCUCGCCCGCGCCCUCCACGGCAGGGGCACGGCGCAGAGGGCCCGCAGGUGGUAUGAGCGGGCCGCGCUCCUGCUGCAGGGCCUGGACCCCGCGGAGGAGGAGCCGCACCCGCGUGUCCUCACCGUCGACGGCUUCCAGGGCUGCGAGGUCGAGUUCGUCGUGUUCUCGGCCGUGCGGAGCAACGCCGAGGGCCGCACCGGGUUCGCCGGCGACCCCCGGCGCAUGUGCGUGCUGCUGACGCGUGCGCGCCGGGCCCUGAUCGUGGUGGGCGACCGUGGCACGCUGCAGGCGGACGAGGAGUGGCGGGCCUGGCUGGAGGCGGCCCCGCUUCGCGAGGUGGACGCUGCGCCCUCGGGAGAGAAGCGGAUCCGCAGGCCUUUUGGGCAUCGUUCUCCCAGUGACGUUCCCGGCGGCCUCCCCGACAUGAAGACGCUCGUCGCGGGGAUUUCCACCAAGCCUCGCCUGGACAGCCGCGAGCUCGGUCGGUACGUGGUGGAGGCGCUCACGGCGCCCGAGCUGCUCGGCAUGGAGACGCCUCCCCGAUGCGUUCCAAGGGCGCGCUCCGCGGCAGGCGGCCUGGCCUCGGCGAGCGCGAGAGGGCCCAGUGCUGCGCGGGCCCUGGACCGGCUCUGCAGCGAGCCCAGCCCAGCCCACGCGCCCGCGAGAGAAGGUGCUCGCGCAGGCCCGCCCAGGCUACGCCGGGAGAGAACGCCUGUCGGCGAGGAGGGGCGGGCGCCCGCGCCAGGGCAGCGCGGCGAGUGGCCAGGCGGAUGCCGCCCGCUGCCGCGGGCCGCGCCGGCAGGCGGCGACGCAGAAGGUCACAUGUAA